AUGAUCACAGGACGCGUAUCGGUCAGCGCUCUCAAUAAUCUCCCUGACGAACUGAUACUCCUCAUCCUGGAUCAGCUGGAUCCAGGUGACUAUUUCACGUUACGCGAUUUGAACGCGACAAGCUCGCGUUUUCGUCGUCUCACGAUAGAUCGACUCUAUCGAAGAUUUCCAGGUUGCUCCCCAGAGCAGUUCCUGCGUACCAUAACGCUGUCGCAUCCAGACGAACGCCAUGAAUUCAUGAAUUAUGUCAAGGAGGUGGUGUGGUAUCAGAACUAUUGGGAUCGACCAUCUCGACGUCGAUGCCUACCUCUAGGCGAUAGGCAUACCGUUGCCAACAUACUGAGGAGUUCUGGGGCUAUUCUGGACACUACAGAUCUCUCCACAGACUUGCCUGGACGCUUCAUAGGCUUCUCUUCCGAAUAUGAAGUUCAUUGGUGGUAUCUGGAGUUCUUCUUGUUCUCCACGCCCAAGGUUGAGAAAAUUACUAUACACGAUGCAUGGCAAUGGGAUGACCACAGUUACUGGUUCAAGAGCCUGGCUGCCAACCCAAUUCACUUCAAAAAUCUUCGAUCCAUUACCGUAUUCGGUCCUCUACGUCUGAGAAACAUUGUGCCGCUUCUGACUCUGCCUUCCAUACACGCCCUAGAUCUUACCCAAGUCGUCGAUAUGCGCCAAGAACCCGACAGGGAGUUCUCAUGGGCCCGCGACGGCGAAGACUACGUUGACCGACGAUUGGCGAGUGGUUCGUCUCUUGAACAUCUGGUUAUACGGGAGUCAGAUCUGCAUAUCCCGUCUGCAGUGGGUAUCCUUGAGAAACUUAACAAAGUCAAGAGUUUCACCUACGAACAUGUGUGUCAUGAACUUGCAUCGCAUCCCGGGAUGCAGCCGUCCAUUUUCCCGUGGGUUGGCAACUUGUGCUGGGGUCCGGAUAGCUCCCUCGAAAGUUUGCAUCUACGUAUAGAGUCGUCAGUAGUGACGCAUGAAGAGAUGACAUCGCUCUGUCACCACGUUACUGGUCCUGUACUAGCAAGGCUUCGUACUCUGAACAUCGGUCCCUGUAGUAUCAGCACUUUCAAAAGCUUGGAUCUCGCACAAUCUGAAGAUCUACCAAUUAUAGCUUCUAGGAUCGUAGCCGCAUUUCCUGACACACUCGAAGCUCUACAAAUUCAGUGGGCUUACGAGCGUGAUGGAGAACCACGGUUAAAAAUUUUCAUUGAUAUCUUACGGUACUUGGCCGAAGCCAUUGCUGGUUCAAACUCUAAAUUGAAGCACGUCUCUAUCGUUGACUGGCCAGCACUUGCAGGCUGGUUCCCUUUCCAAGACCAAGUCAUCAGUUUGAAGCGGGUAUAUGAACGCCGGGGAUUGCAAUUUGACAUAGUCUACGAAGAGAUUGAAGAUGGAGAGCCACUUACCGUCAUGGAAGACGUGGAGCCUGGUUGGGUUUGGAUCCAAAGGACGGAAUAUUUCGCGACACAUUGCAGGUUUUCCCGCCCAUCGUCUAAUCAUGGCUAG